GUCAGUUCUUCCGCCGACCACUGGAGGUCUCGCUUUGUUUUCACAGUAUUGUUCAACUACUACUGGUACUGUACGCGUUAUCAAGAAGUAGCUGGAUUUAAUGGACAGAGAAGAUGAAGGUAAAAAUCAAGCAAUGGAACGGCGUGGCAUCCUGGCUUUGGGUGGCCAAUGAUGAGAACUGUGGGAUCUGCCGAAUGUCUUUCAACGGCUGCUGUCCGGACUGUAAGGUUCCCGGAGAUGACUGUCCAUUGGUGUGGGGCCAGUGUUCGCACUGCUUCCACAUGCACUGCAUCCUCAAAUGGCUCAACUCCCAGCAGGUGCAGCAGCAGUGCCCCAUGUGCCGACAGGAGUGGAAGUUUAAGGAGUAAAGUGACAACACUCCUGGAUUGCCUUUCAGAGACUAAUGAAUAUACCUCUAUUUGAGGAUUUGUGUAUACUUUUGGAAUAUAUGUACAUAUAUUUCUGUUUUUGUACUGUUGGUAUGCAUCAGUGGUCGACUGGUGAGAAUGUGAACAUAUGUUGAAUUGGAUUAAAGUUAUUAUUUUAGGCUGAA